UUUACAUAUUUUGAGUACAAACGCACCAAUAAAGUGGCGAAUUUUGGCCCUUUUGGCUUGCCGUAGUGGCGGGGAUAAUUAUCUUACAACAAAAACGCUGUUUUUAAGUGCAAUAAAACGGCUUUUUAAAAGCGUUCAUUGAACGCCACAGUAAACGGCGUUUAUGACCACUGAAAACGUCGUUCUUUCACCGAAACCGGGCGUAUUUUACUACUCUAACCACAAAACAGUGUUUUUUUUUUUCGCCGUUUCAAUACAAUGUGCAAUUAGAGUGGCGAACUUUGACCCCUUUGGCUUGCCAUACUGAUGGUUUUAAACACUGAGAAACUAGGUUUUUCUGCGCUUAUCCCACAUCUGUUUUUCCUCCGUUCCUGCUCCUAGAUGCGGGUCCCACCCUGACCAGAGACCAGCCCAGUGUGGAUGGAAACAUCCUCUCCGGCGACGUGGCGCCUCUCCUCCCUGGAAACAUGGAGAAGUUUUUACCGAGCAGAACCUGCUCCUGCUGAGAAGAUGGCUGAGUUAGUCUGGGAUCACUUCCAGGAUUGUCCUGCCCUGGUGUGCAGCUGGCCGGUUGAUCUGGGUGUGUCUUAUCCAGCUGUGGGGAUCCGUUUCUCCUUAACUCUGAGUCUUCAGCUGUUGGACCAGAAGCUGAACUUUAGCCCGUGCUUAUCACGCGGACCUGAUGUGGCCGCUGUCGGCGGACUUUGACAGCAUCUGGCAUGCGGGCCAACAUGGACCGGAGGCGUCACCCCAGGCCAGAUUCUGACCGGCUUUUUCAAGUCCAAGAUCAGCACCCCAGGUUUUCCCAAGAGGAACGGGACCAGAAUUAUCCAAAGCCUGAUCCCGGAGAGAGGGGCCGACACUGGGGUCAUCCUGAUGCUUACCCAGCUCAUUUUACUGGUCCACCUGCUGGACCCGCACAGUCCCCUUACAUGUAUGGUUAUGGAUGGCCAGACUACCACAGACCACAGUCCAGGCAGGGUUAUGAGUACUCACCUCACAGCCCCUGGGACUACAGUUAUGGUUACUAUGACUACUACAGAGGACAACAUGCACAACAAGAUGGUGGACAGUGGGGGGCCCAGGAGUUCUGGAGAACCAGGCAGCACCAUGAAAGAACCCACAACCUGCAGGAACCUGCAGGGAAGCUCAGUACAGAGUUCAGGUCUGAGCAGAGAAGAAGCAGCUCCCAGCACUACCUCGCUGACCACGAAGACCCUUCCAGAGACGAGGACAUUUCCUCUUUUCAGCCCGGGGCUCUAGAAAGCUCCAAAAACUCAGGCCUGUCUUCCAGCAGCUAUGAGCUGAGUCAGUACAUGAACGGAGCUGAACACGGGGACCCGCAUCAACAGCCAGCUCCCACGUCUCAUGGAGAUCGUGGACCGGCCCAACAGAGCUCAGAACCUCUGAAGUUCUCCGUCCCCCAUGCAGUCGUCAGCUUCGGGCCUGUGGGGCAGCUGGUACGGGUCACCCCAGGCAUGUCAGCACAGCAGAACAUUGGUCAACUGGAGAUCCACAGUAUGGAAGUGAUUCUGAGUGAAAACCAGGAACAGCAGGAGAUGAGAAACUUCCCGGGACCGUUGGCCAGGAAAGAUUUACACAAAGUGGAUGUGAUUGAGUUCGCUCAGCGGAAAGCAGGAGCCUGCAUGACAGAUGAAAGUCUGCAGGAGAAGAGCUCUGCUGCCCUCCUCUGGAAUCUGUUGAUACUGCUCUGCAGACAGAACGGACAAAUAGUGGGAUCAGAUAUUGCCGAGCUGCUGAUGCAGGGCUCACGUCCAGAUGGAAGCUGGCAGCCAGAAGCUCCCUCCCUCAUUGACUUCAGCGAUGACUGGAAGGCUGAGGAGGCUCCGCCUCCUAAAGGAGACGACCUGCUGACUGGAGACCUGAGCAGCUGUAACUCUCAGAGCUUGGAGAAAGCCCUGCAGACCUACACCCAGCUACUGCUGGCUGGAAGAAAGAAGGAGGCGCUGGAGGCAGCGAUGAGCAGCGGCCUGUGGGGGCACGCUCUCUUCCUGGCCAGUAAGAUGGGCAGCAGGUCUUACACCACCGUCCUGAACAGGUUUACAGACCAGCUGACGGCCAGCGAUCCCCUUCAGACUCUCUUCCAGCUGCUGUCUGGGAGGAUCCCCACUGUUGCCACGUGCUGUGGAAAUGACAAAUGGGGAGACUGGAGGCCCCAUCUUGCUGUGAUGCUUUCCAAUGAGACAGGAAAUCUGGCCGUACAGCAGAAGGCCAUCGUUACCAUGGGAGACUCUCUCGCCUCCAGAGGCCUCACACAUGCUGCACAUCUGUGUUACCUGACAGCCAGCGCUCCCUUCGGGGUGUUCACGCAGACCGCGGAGAGGCUGGUGCUUCUCGGCAGCAGCCACAGACAGCCGUUUCAGCACUUUGCCUCUAAUUCUGCCAUCCAGCGCACAGAGCUGUACGAGUACAGCCAGAAACUCAGAGCGAAGAGCUUUUUAAUUCCAUCCUUUCAGGUGUAUAAGUUACUGUAUGCCAGUCGGCUGCUGGACUUGGGGCUUCCCUCUCAGGCCUUCCAUUAUUGUGAGGUGGUGGGAGAGGCCGUCCUCAGACAGAGCCAGCCAUGCUCUGUGCUGACAGCAGAGCUUGUGAAGCUGUCGGACAGACUCAGAUACUCGGAGGAUGAGUUCAGUGGAGCCGGCUUUAGUGGAGCCGGGUCGGAACCAGAGUGGCUGAAACGUCUUCGGUCAAGACACCACAGUUUUCAGACAGUUAGUUACGACUUCACUGAAACAGACCAUCCAGCUCCUGUCAGCAGAGAUUUGACCUGUGACGACAGAAUGUGUCCAGCAUCUGAUUUAGAUUAUUUAACUUGUGAUGUCCAGAAUCCAGAGCCUAAACUUCUUUAUCAUGGAAGCUGUGAAGCCCAAGAAAACCUUACCAACCACACCUGUGGAAACCAUGAAAUUACGACAGUGAUGUGUUCUGGUGAAAGUGGCGCUAAGGACUGGCCACAUGCCAACUCUCCCACGAUGCCAGGAACGGUUGUCGAAGCACCCCCAGCGCCCACAGAGGCUACCAGCCAAAAUGCCAGCUAUCAUAACAUGGAUAGUGAUAAAAUCAAAAGUGCCAUGCCAAAUUGUCCUCUUGAGACGAAUGUGUCUUCUGAAGUGAGGACGAUGCCUGAAGUCCUCCCUCCAACUGUGGGGGGGUCAUUGGGGGUCCCACCUGUGGAAGGUUCUGAUGGGACCAACCAGCCUCCCAAACAGAGCACAAAGACAGGAUGGUUCAGUGGCUGGUUCAGAUCAAAGGCCAAAGACGUCCAGAAAAAGCCUUCAGAAACUGGAGGCCCAGCUCAAUCUGAGCUCUUACCUGCCACCAGCCUAUGUCCACCUCCCCCACCGACCAACCGCCAUCCAGGCAUGAAUCUAUCUCAGACUUCUUCUCCAGGAAUAAAUCCUUUCUCAAGGAAAGCAGGACAGCACCUUGGGUAAAAACUGCUCGCUGACAGAAUCACUGAUGCAGCUGAAACCAGGAUGAUGCAGCAUCCAGUGUUUAAAUAUGUCAGACCUUAGCUUUACUCGAGGCUGACGCGGUGACCGUGGGAUCCAUACUGCUCACCCAGAACAGCAUUUCUUUUUUAGGGGAUGUACUUACAGAAAUACAAGCAACUCAUAUUGCAGCACUCAGAACAGCUGAAGAUCAGCUUCCUGAAAGUUGACUGCUAGGAAAUCAGCAGUGAAUGCAGGACAUACUGUAUUUGGGGAGAAUAAGUCACCCUCGCUGAUCGUGUCUACAUGAAGGAAUGAACUGGGAUUAAUAAUCUAGUGAGAGGUGAUGCACUGUGAUGAAGAACGUAAUGUAAAUGCAUUCAGUCUGAAUAUCAAUCAUCUAAACAGCUGCAGAGCUUCUGCUAUCAAACUCCAUUAAAUCAUGUUAAUCACAUUAAUUGUAAUAAUAAAUGCUCAUUUACAAACU